AUGCCUCACUCUCAGCCCUCUCCUCGAGUACCUUACCGCGCAACGUCCACGCCACCUCGUACGCCUCUCCACUUACCCGCCGUCCCAUCCUAUCGAGCCCCUCAGAGGGAAUACCCCGAAUCGCCCACAGCAGGUAUAGAGCGCAAUCGCGAACUCCACAUCAAACCUCCCGUAUUCAGUCUGGGUCAACCUCCUCCUCCUCGAAAGCGAUAUCUACCUAAAUUUAUCAGAUCACCUAAAAGGGCGUUGGUGUAUUUGGUGUUAUUGGGUUUAUUGGGAUUCACCGUGAAGACGGCGUACAGUCAUCUGAAGGGAAAGAAGGUAUUGAGCCUAGGAUGGAAUAAGAGAGCAGGAGAAGGGUUCUUCGGUGGACUUGGCCAGAAAUCACAAGAGGAGGAAGAGGAAGAAUAUGACGAUGGGUUAUGUAGAUUCGUUUCUCCCGUUGAAGCUUAUCAAAGGGACUUACAUCGUCUUCGAUCUUUAUUCCCAAAUUCCCACAUACCUUCCUCACCUCACCAUCAUAGUCACAAUCAUAAUCAUAGUCAUACGCACAGUCAUCAUACCUAUUCACCUACAGGACACCUAAUAAUCUCAGAUGAUCCAGAUGCUCCUCAUCCGAUUCCUCAAUUAUUGAGUCUAGGAGAGAAAAGAUGGGAAGAAUUAUUAUCAAGACAAAGUCGGACUCUCUCAGAAGCCGUUAAGGAAUAUACCAGGAGGUAUGGACGUAAACCUCCAAAAGGGUUCGAUAAAUGGUGGGAAUUUGCGAUGGAACAUAAUCUGGUACUACCAGAUGAGUAUGAUAGGAUUAAUCUCGAUUUGGCACCGUUCUUUGCACUGCCCAAAGAGGAGAUGAAAAGAAGGAUGGAGAUGGUAGAGAAUAUGGAAAAGACUUUUACACUUGUCAUUGAAGAUGGACAAGUGGAGAUUGAGAUACGUGAUCCUGGAGGACUCAAAUGGGGUGGAACCCUUCCCCGAGCGCACGAAACUUCCAAUCUCCUCAAGGGAUUCAUCAAAUACUUACCUAAUAUGAAAGCUACCUUUUCGAUAUUUGACCAACCUCAGAUAUACCUAUCCUGGGCUAGAAGAGGGUCAUUGAUUGAUUUGGGACUACGAGGGGAAGUAACGACUCAUCUGCAUGAGACGGAUGAUAGUGAGGUGAAAUUAAGUAGGAGUUGUGCACCCAAAACGAAUUUUAGGAAAGAUCCGGGAUCCUCUGAGGGCAAAUCAUUCAUCUAUGAUAGUCUGGAAGCUGGAGAUCCAUGUCAGAACCCCUACCUAAUUCCCUUACAUGGAUUGACACUCGAACCUCACGGUCACGAUUCCUUACCGAAACCUCAUACCCAGCUAUUACCUUUAUUCAGUCUCGCCAAAACAUCGAUUAACUCCGACAUCUUGAUUACUCCCUUGGACCAAUUCCAUGAUAAUCCCGGUAAAGAUCCUAUAUGGGAGGAGAAAAGCAGUUCAAAGCUUGUCUGGCGAGGUAGCCCAACGGGAAUAUCGAUGAUGAAUCGAACAUUGCCUUGGCGGCAAUCACACCGUAUCCGAUUACAUCACUUUGCAGCCAACACCUCGCAAGAUUUAAUGGAGUUCAUGAUACCUGAUCUUGGCCAAGACCAAUCAUUUUCUGAGGAAGGGGAUGACCAGUUGGGUGAUGAACAUCAGAGAGGAAAAAUACAAUAUCACGCUUCUCCUCCUCCUUCGUCGGAAAGACAACGGCAGGAGAAAGACAAGAAAAGUAUGAGUGCUCCGCUCACGUCGCUAGAAGAUGAAUACUCGACGGAAGAAGUCAUGAAAUUUUACUAUGAUAUGAAAUUGUCUGGUCAACCUAUACAGUGCUCUGAAGAGGAUGGGACUUGUGAGGAUAUGAGACGAGAGAUCCAGUGGGCAGGACAUCAAGGUGCAGAAGAGUUGAACCGACAUAAAUUCCUCUUGGAUAUUGAUGGGAAUGGAUGGAGUGGUCGAUUUAGGAGAUUGAUGAGUACCAAUUCGAUGGUAAUCAAAAUGACAAUGUUCACCGAAUGGUUUCAACCUCACUUGAUACCCUGGUUCAUGUACGUUCCUGCCAAGUUGGAUUUCUCAGAUUUGACCGAUAUAAUGGCAUUUUUCCGAGGUACACCUAAACAUCCUGAACUUGGGUUUGACGAGACGGCAGCUGCCCUAGCAAGGAAUGGGCAAUGUUUCGUUCAACGUAUGUUCAGGAUGGAAGAUCUUCAAGCAUACAUGAUGAGGCUGUUCCUUGAAUAUGCACGUAUAGCAGCGGAUGAAGGUGUAGAUAUGGAUCUCACUUUAUCCGAUAUUGAUAUCGAUAUCGAUAGUGAAAAACAAGACGAAUCAGCCGAUUAUGCAGAGCCUGAGCAAAACGAGCUGCAAUCGACGAUGAUUGAUGAUGACUCCGGUGUUAUGAGUCAAGAUGGCCUUGACCAAUCUAGCGAAGAAUAUGCCGAGUCUGAGGAAGUAUAA